UUGUAACUCAUUGCUUAUCCUUCACUUGGAUUUGGUGCUCGGACACCGCUGUGGUUUCAAAGUACAAUACAACCUCACGCAUCGGGACUCAGGCCACAAAGACGGUCAAUCCCUUGCUUCUGUCACUCUUCUCAUUUCAACUAACCCUUUGCGAAUCACCUCUGCUGCGAAGAUGAACACGGACUGGCUCCUCGACAGCGGCUACCUGCCCCACGCCGUCAUCAGGAUAGGCAUCCGGCGCCAGCUCCAGGAGCGUCUCGACUCCAUUGCGAGCACGUCCCUCAGCCUCGACUACGAGCGCAAGAUGACGUUCAUCGAGAAGCUGCGCACCCAGCCCAUCGCAAUUGAGACCGCUGCGGCUAACAAGCAGCACUACGAGGUUGGCACUGGCGUCCUUGCCGCAUGCCUUGGCCCCCGCAUGAAGUACUCAUGCUGCCUGUACCCCAAGGGAGGCGAGACACUGGCACAGGCAGAAGUGGCCAUGUUGCGGACGUACGUCGAAAAGGCCGAUAUAAAGGACGGUAUGAGUAUCUUAGAUCUCGGUUGCGGUUGGGGAUCAGGUGCGCUGUACUUCGCUGAGGUACUCCCCAACUCAAAGGUCACGGCCUUUUCCAACUCCAGGACCCAAAAGGAGUACAUCGAUGGAAAAGCCAAGGACAAAGGGUUGUCCAACCUCACGGUCAUCACAGGCAAUGUCGUUGACUAUGAGUUUGAGCGGGAGUCUUUUGACAGGGUCGUCUCUAUUGAGCUAUUCGAGCACAUGAAAAAUUAUGAGCUCCUCAUGGCAAAGGUGGGCAGGGCGUUGAAGCCCGGUGGCAAACUUUUUGUUCACAUCUUUGCCCACAAGACCACGCCGUACGAUUACGAGGAGGGCUGGAUGACAACCCAUUUCUUCACAGGAGGUACCAUGCCUUCCACUGACCUGCUCCUGUUCUUCCAGCGGGACCUAAAGAUCCAGAAGCAGUGGUGGGUCAACGGACUACAUUAUUCCAAGACUUGCGAGCACUGGCUGAUCGAGAUGCUCGCACACAAGAAAGAGAUCUGGCCGCACUUGGUCGAGACGUAUGGGGAACAGAACGCCAGCGUGUGGUUCAACAGAUGGCAGAUCUUCUACUUGGCGUGUUCUGAGCUGUUCGCCUACCAAGGCGGGGACACCUGGGGCGUGUCGCACUACCUUUUCGAAAAGCCCAACACUCAGUAGAAGGGACGGACAGAGAUGAAUCCAAGCAUAGUUGUGCCUGCCGUAAUUGCCUAACACCCAUAAUAGAGUAGCUAUCCGUUCAUUCCUCUGCUGAUAUCUGUUUGAC